AGAUACCCAGGAAACACCCUGCGGUGAAAACACACAGUGCAUUCUUGGAGUUCGUGGCCCUGAGUGUCAAUGUCUAGAUGGCUUGUUUGGUAACCCAGAAGUGCCACAAGGAUGUAAACAAGGUAUGGAAUCAUUAAAUGGAAUAUUCCAAUGUUUUGUUUUUUUCAUUAUUUUAACAGCAUAGUACAUUAAAUUGAAGACGAAGUGCAAUUUGUGAUAUGAUAAUCCAUGUUUUUAAAUGUGUACUGAGGAAUGGGUGACCUAUGCAUUGAUCACUUCCCAGCAGUGGAAGAUGAGGGGUAGAGGUGAAGUGUACAAAAAGACAAUAAUUUUUUUAAACAUUUUUGUAAGGAAUAAAUGAUACUUAUGUAUUUUCUUAAAUUUUUAUUUGGUCCUAAUAUUAUUUAGUGUUUAAAUUUAGAAACAUAUUUAUUUAAAGAUUAUUUAUGCACUAACUUUUGUCAUUUCCAUCAAAUAAAAAAAAACUAAGUGUGCCGGUAGGCUUCUAUAUUUCCAUCAAUAACUUAUGAGUACAUUUUAGGUGAAGUGUCCCCAGAUGGCAGCAAGACUUGCUACAUAUUUGUCACAUCUGAUGGACAGAAUGAGACAAGAUGUGACUGUAAUUUAGGGUUUGUUUCCAACUGCGAUGAUUGUGAAGGUAAUUUUGUUAGGUAGUGAAUUACCUAUUGUUACACACUGCCUUCUAUAGGGAGAAAUUAAUCUCCUAUUUUAAAUUUAUAGCUCGUACUAAACAGUGCAUAACAAAGGACGAUACCAUAUGAGAAAUACAAUAGCGAAAAUACGACACUCAAAGCAGUUAAAUAAACAAUAAUUAAGAUUUAUUUAAAUAUUAAUGUAAUUACAAAACAAAAGAAAUAUAAUUACAAUCAUUAACUUACAUAGUAUGGGAUGUCUUGUACCAGUACACAGUUAGUACAAUUUGCCACAAAAAUAAGGUACAAUGAUUAAUGCAAUGCAAAUAAACAGAUAUGAGUACACACAGAAUAAUACACUUGUCUAGUGAAGUGAAAAAUUUAUCUCUCAAUCUCCGUUCCUUAAUGUUCUCUGAACCCCUUAUAUAUGCAGAGUUAGACGCAUUCCAGAAACGCCUUACACAUUGUUUACCUUUCUAGUCCACUCCCAAACUUUCCACAAAAUACUAUGAGAACAGAUUAAUUAUGUAUGAUUGGUAGCGGUAGCAAACAUUCCAAGAUGAAAAGAAAUAAGCCACGCCUAAUAUGAACGCAGCAUCUGCUAGAUUGGGUCAUACAGAGUUCACGGCACGGGGAAAGGUGAUGAAAACAUGUCGUCUACAUAGCACUAUCCUGUAAUAUUUCUAUGAUAGUUGUGGCAGUACUUUUUUUUAACAAAAAAUUGCGCGCGAGAUUAAAUUAUUUUUUAAAAAAAAUUCUUAAAAGAUAUGAGGAAUAAAAGAAUAUUUAAAAUCUAGCACUUGAUAAUUUGUGAUAUUGAGGAAAGUCACUGAGCGAUUUCAAAAUUCUGAACAAUAAAUGUCUAAUAAUUAUUAGGCUAGUGAAUGAAUAAAUUAAAAAAAACAACACAAUUUUUAUCAAAUCAAAAAGUCAUUUUUUAACACUUUUAGAUAUUGAUGAGUGUAAGGAGGGUCUCCAUGAGUGUGACUUGUCCUUGCAAAAAUGCAUCAAUGUUCCUGGUGGAUACCAGUGUGGAUGUGGAG